UUUGAGAAACUGGACGAAGACACGACGAGACGAUACGCUCAGAUCGGAACAGAGACGCUCAAAGUCCCGCAGGGCGGGGCUAAGGAGCAGAGGACGGGGGGUUGUGUUCAAAUCCAUGUGCAGCCCGGGAGCCAGACCAAGUCCAGAGACCGGACUGAACCAGGACCGGACCAGAGACCCCGGACCCAGGCCUCAGCAGACGGACGGGAGGAGCAGAUCCAGCAGGACGCCAUGGGGGGGCGCUGCUCCAUGUGUGAGACCCUGAGGGACAGGUGUCCCCGCCCCAGAGGACUGCUCAACCUCGUCAUAACUAAAGCCUGCCUCUUGGCCCUGCUCUUCGGUGUGGUCUGGUCAAUCACAGGGUCCGAGUGCUUGCCUGGGGGGAACCUGUUUGGCCUUGUGAUCCUGUUCAUUUGUGCCGUUCUGGGAGGAAAACUCAUGGGACUGAUUAAGUUCCCAACCCUGCCCCCCUUCCCUCCACUGCUCGGGAUGCUGUUGGCUGGUCUGGUUUUGAGGAAUGUCCCGUACAUUUGUGACGCGGUCUACAUCGAUCCUCACUGGUCGUCUGCUCUCAGGAACAUCGCUCUGGCCAUAAUCCUGACCAGAGCCGGACUCGGACUCAACCCACAGGCUCUGGUCCGUCUUAAAGCCGUCUGUAUCCGUUUAGCCGUCGGGCCCUGUCUGGUUGAAGCCUGCAUCGUGGCCGUCGUCUCUCACUUCCUGUUGAACCUGCCCUGGGUCUGGGGUUUCAUUCUGGGGUUCGUCUUGGCUGCUGUGUCCCCGGCCGUGGUGGUGCCGUCCAUGUUACUGCUGCAGAGGGAGGGCUACGGCGUCGACAAGGGAAUCCCGACGCUCCUGAUGGCAGCCGGCAGCUUUGACGACGUUUUGGCCAUCACCGGUUUCUCCACUUGCCUCGGAAUCGCCUUUUCCACAGGCUCCACAUGGAUGAAUGUCUUAAAGGGUCUUCUGGAGGUGGUUGGAGGGGUCCUGGCCGGUCUCGUGGUUGGACUGUUCCUCUGUCUGUUCCCGAGCUCUGACCAGGAGGACCUAUCCUGGACCAGGUCUCUGCUGCUCCUCGGACUUUCGGUCUUCUCCGUCUUUCUGUCACACGUCGUGGAUUUUGCUGGAGCUGGAGGUCUGUGUGUCCUGGUUCUGUCGUUUGUCGCCGCUUUGGGCUGGAGGGUCAAUAAAGCUCCAGUAGCAGCGGUGGUCGGCCAGUCCUGGGAUGUUUUUCAGCCACUUCUGUUUGGUCUAAUAGGAGCCGAAAUCACUAUCAGCUCCUUGAACCCCAGCACCGUGGGUUUGGGCGUGGCCUGUCUCUUUAUCGGUUUGUUUAUCCGAGUCAUUGUCACAUUUCUCCUCGUUCACUUUGGAGGAUUCAACCUGAAGGAAAAAUUCUUCAUCGCAGUGGCCUGGCUCCCCAAAGCCACCGUCCAGGCUGCGAUCGGUUCGAAGGCCUUGGAUAUGGCCCGAGAAAAGGGAGACGAGGUUCUGGAGAAAUAUGGUCUGGAUGUGCUAACAUUAGCCGUGUUAGCGAUCCUCAUCACGGCUCCCAUUGGUGCUUUAGGGAUCGGACUCUCAGGGCCACGCCUCCUCCAGCAGCAGAGCAAAGUACUUACUGCAGUACUGUCUGUAGUUUCAGAAAACCCAGAGGCCAGACCUUCAUCUCCAGGCUCGAACUGCGUCUCGGAGAAGGACUGCGGGACCAUCGAGAGCAAGUUAUGAA